CGUUAUUCAAUCUCAUAGGAGUGUGCAUAAAGUAUUACAGGACUACAAAAUACUGUACAAACGACUAAGUUUGUCUUUUUUCAAACUUUAGUUACUCCUCAGUGUUUGUAUUGCUGUUAGUGUCCGAUAUGGUUAGAAGAGUGGCUGUGAUUGGUGCAGGACCCUCUGGUCUGACCAGCAUCAAAGCAUCUUUGGAUGAAGGUCUGGAGCCCACAUGCUUUGAGAGCAGCCAAGACAUUGGAGGACUGUGGAGAUUUAAGGAGAAGCCAGAACCUGGGAGAGCCAACAUCUACCAGUCCGUGAUAAUCAACAGCUCCAAAGAGAUGAUAGCUUUCAGCAACUUCCCGCCUCCCGCUGAGCUCCCCAACCACAUGCACCAUUCUGAAGUCAUGCUCUACCUGCGCCUCUACGCUCAAGCUUUUAACCUGCUGCAGUACAUACGUUUCAAGACUGCAGUGGUCAGUGUGAGCCAGAGGGCUGACUUUGCCCUGACGGGACAGUGGGAAGUAGAAACGGAAAACGCAGAGGGUCAGAGGGAGAAGCAUGUUUUUGAUGCAGUUCUGGUUUGUACUGGGCAUUACACCCAGCCUCACCUGCCGCUCACUCAGUUUGCAGGUAUUGAUAACUUCAAAGGGAGAUAUUUCCACAGCUGGGAAUAUCGCAAUGCCGAUGGUCUACAGGGAAAAAGGGUGGUGGUGAUUGGGAUUGGGAACUCUGGAACUGAUAUAGCUGUGGAUAUCAGCAGAGUUGCUGAGCGGGUUUACCUCAGCACCAGGAGUGGGGCGUGGGUUAUUGGCCGUGUGGGGCAGGGGGGACUUCCAGCUGACGUGGUCAUGGUUUCCAGACUGAAUAUAAUGCUACAAAAGCUCUUUCCCUCGUGGAUCAACAGGAAGCUGGAAAAUAAGUUGAAUGACACAUGUGACCACAAACUAUAUGGCCUUAAACCAAAACACAGCUUCUGGGCACAGAUUCCAGUGGUGAACGACGACCUUCCAGCUCGGAUCCUCUCAGGCCGGAUUCAGGUGAAACCAAAUGUGAGGGAAUUCUGUGAUACCAGGGUGGUCUUCGCUGACGGGAGCACCAUAGACAAGGUGGACGUGGUGGUAUUUGCCACAGGGUACAACUACAGCUUUCCCUUCCUGCCUCCAGCCCUGCAGGAUAAAUGCGAGCACAGGCUCUGCCUCUACAGGCAUGUGUUCUCUCCUCUGCUGACCAAGCCCACACUGGCAGUGGUCGGCUUCAUCCACGGCUUUGGGGCAGUCAACUCUCUGGCUGAGAUGCAGGCCCGCUGGGCCACGAGAGUGUUCAAAGGCUUGAUAUCCCUCCCAGCAGAGGAGGUCAUGAUGAAGGAAAUCAAAAAGGAAACGGUGACAAUGAAUCAGAGAUUUAGGUGCUCCGAGCGCAACCCCCUACAGGUGGACUACCUCCCUUAUAUGGACUCUUUGGCCAAAGAGGUGGGAGUUAAACCAAACUUACUGUGGCUCUUUCUGAGUGAUCCCAAACUAGCACUGCAGGUCUUUUUGGGUCCCUGUACAUCAUACCAGUACCGCAUAAGCGGACCAGGCAUGUGGGCAGGAGCCCGUGAAGCUAUUCUGACUCAGUGGCAGAGGGUGAUUCAGCCUUUCGGCACUAAAGUGGCACCGGAAAUUGACACUAAAUCCUCCUCCGGUCUCAGCAUCAUCAUAAGUGUUUCAGGUGCUGCCCUGCUGUGCGGCCUCCUCUAUCGUAAACACAUUGCAUCUUCUUUUUCUCAAUAACCACCUUUCCUCACAAUGUUUCAGACACCAGUGGUCAAAGAUGUUUUUAGAAUGAUGGGAUUACAAAGUGUAAGAACCACUCAAUCCUGCUUGCAUUGUUUCUUAAUGACAUGAGAGGAUUAAGGGAAUUGAAGAAAAAAAAGUUCUGAGAAAAAAGUCUGAAUGCUCACUUCAGUGGCCCUGAUUUUCUUACGUACUUAAUAUUAACAUCCAAGAGGAUUUUUUUCCACUGAUCCAGAAUAAAUUUAAACUCGAGGUGAUGUAAAAGAGACUCAAUUCGG